AUGACGGCCAUCAAACUCCCCAUUGUCGUGAUCGCCCGUCUCCUUCUGCCAACUCGCGGUUUGGAGAGUGUGGCCGAUAAUGUGGCGUCCGACGUGCAGUUGAUCCAGACUCGCGUCUACGACCAGGGCUUCGACGUGCCAGCGAAUGGAUCGACUGGUUGUGUUGACAACGAUUAUGGCGCCGUGCAACUUGCAAAAGCUCAUGCGCGUGUGCCUGAUGUCAGUGGUUGUUCGGAUAUCGGUCCAUACUGUGCAGACGCGAAUUUGUCGAGCCAAGUUCGUGAAGUGUGCUGCGCCACUUGCAGCGAGGGACCCGAACCAGAGCCGGACGUGGUGCAUUGCCAAGAUCAUUCCGAGUGCCAGUCUUCGGAAUUUUGCUAUGAUGGUACGUGCGACAGCUGCAGCCAGUGCCAAUUCUGCUCCGAUGCUGCUUACGUCGACGAGUGUGGGCACUGCGGGCCAGGGUUCCCAUCGCAUGAGACGGAUCCCUGUCACUCCCAUGAAUUCGUGGUCACCAAGGGUUCGCUUACGGUGACACAUGCAUGGAAAAAUCUGUCCUCAGACGAGCAGCUGCUCUUUCUCGAAAAGAAGUUCGGCGAGCUCGACAAAGACCAGUCAUUAACCCUGGACGUGGACGAGCUAGUGGGCGUCCUAAUCGGACAGGACCUCGUCGCGAUCGAAGCCGACAACGGCACGCUCAACACCCCUUUUGACCAAGUGCUACUUCCCAGGGCUUCGGUGCAAGAGUUUGUGGAGAAGCACAGCGCCCAUGGCAGUGCGUUCUUGACCCUCGACGAGUGGCUCGCCACAACUCCUCAGCUGGCACAACGAGCUGCCCCCCAAAAGGCGUUACGUGGGCCUUCGUGCACCUUCGAGAGUAUCUUCUCACUUCCCAGCACCUGCUCGGAAACACAAUGGGUACGUAGACAAUUGCGGGAACUCUUGCAAUAA